UUUUUCCUCUUAGUAAUACUCAACUAAAUACACAGUAUAACUCUGUACAUCAACAUGCAAUUAACAUGUUAUAUUUCUUGACAUAUUUUUGUGUUCGAAUACUAUUUCUCGUAAAGCAGUAGUACAAUCUCAUAUUUUUCGUAACGCCACUUAAUGUGCACAUUAUUUUUUAAAUCUGACUUUGGUUUUUCCGUUACCGAUCUGUAUCAACUCCUAGGACACAUUGAUUAACUCACAAAUACACUGCUCCCCAUACAUUCCUCGUCUUCAUCAUCUCAUCAGCUGCUACAUUGACAAAUCAGUAAUAUGAUUGCUUUUUACUUUUACAGGUCACAUUCCUGUGGUUAGUAUAGGAUUUUUCUGAUAUACAUCGAUUUGGACUAUAUAUACCGUGUUUGGUAUUAAUUACUUGUUUCAAUUGUGCGUCACAUGAUCAAGACCCGAACACGCUAGACCUGAAAAUAAAGAUGUCAGUAGAAGAUUGUGAAAAUGAAUUACUUGCACUGGAAUCCAUUUAUGAAGAUAAGUAUCAACUUGUACAAACUACACCUAGACGAAAAAUAAAAGUAAACCUAAAUGGUCAGUCGGAUGAUUCACUGUCAACUAAAGUUCGAUGUCAGCUUCUUUUUGAACUUACAAGCAACUAUCCAAAUAAACCACCUAAAUAUCAAAUACUUAAACCUGAAAAUCUUUCAGACGAAGAUAUUUCCGAUAUAAAUAUUAUAAUCAAUGAAGUAAUUGAACGAUCCCUAGGAUUUGUAAUGUUAUUUGAUAUAUUAACAGAAGUUCAAGAAAAAUUAGAUAGUAUCUGUUCAAAAAUCUUAAUUCGUCAGCGUAAUGAAGCUAAAGAAAACGAAAAGCUAUACAACUAGAAGAAGAAGCGAAAUUCCGUGGUGAUAGAGUUACAGUGGAGUCGUUUCUAGAAUGGAAUACAAAAUUCCUUGCAGAAAUGGAAUCAUUAAAAGAGAAGUCAAUAUCUGAAGAUCAAAGUGCUGUUAAACGACUAACUGGACGUGAGCUAUUUUUGAAAGAUAAUCAUUAUGACGAUUCCGAUUUGACCUUCUUGGAAACUAAUGGUGGCGAAGUUGUAGAGAUUGAUGAACAUUUAUUUGUUGACAUUGGCGAUAUAGACCUGGAUGAUGAUAAUGAUGACGAUAAUAACCAAGUAGUUGUGACGGGAACAGCCUGAACAUAUUAUAUACUUUGUACAAAUUAAUUCACUCCAAAAGUAUCAUUGCUUUUAUUUUAACAGUUCUCUUCCGGUAUGUAAAGACAAAGAUAUGCAAAAUUGGAAAUAGACUUCUAUGACUAUGUAAAUUCUAAAAACUGUAACUUCCUGAUUUCACAAACUUGACGCUACAUUUACUAAGUGUCAUACGAAUUUGGCGACUAUAAAUUGUUAACUUGCAAAGCUUUAAUUUCGUGUUCUAAAACCUAUGAUAAUUAUUUAAAUAAAAGUAUACAACUUGGAAACCAAAGGUAAAUUCGUCCUCGUAGUUCAUAUUUUUGGAAAUAAAUAUGCCUACUGCAUAAAUCUUUGUUACUGAGGCGAGAUUCAAUUUCUAGUUUUCUUACACCAUCAAUACUUUCUGUGUG